AUUUCGACAUCAGAAAAGCCAUGGGAAUUUGAUACCUGCCAUUGAACUUCCAAAUUCGCUCAAUUCCUAUUAACCUCCUCUUAGAAUCUGGUAGAGGCCCAUUCUUCCAAGAUGCCGACCACAAGGACCGAAUUCGAGACGGCAUUCCAGCCCCUUGUGGAGGACAUGCUGCAGCUAUGUAGGGACAACAAGCUGCCCGACAAUGCGCGCGCCUGGUAUGAAAAGAACCUUCUACACAACACCAUGGGCGGAAAAUACAACCGCGGCAUGUCCGUCAUCGACACCUCCUCCAUCCUCCUCAACAAGUCUAUCACACCCGGUACACCGGAAUACCUCCGAGCCGGCGCCCUCGGCUGGAUGAUCGAGCUCCUCCAAGCCUUCUUUCUCGUCUCCGACGACAUCAUGGACAGCAGCAAGACGCGCCGGGGUUCACCCUGUUGGUACCUCAUGCCCACCGUCGGCAUGAUCGCCAUCAAUGAUGCCUUCAUGCUCGAGGGCACCAUCUACAUGCUGCUGAAGAAGCAUUUCCGGCAGGAGAAGUGCUACACGGACCUGCUGGAGCUGUUCCACGAGGUCACCUUCCAGACGGAGCUCGGCCAGCAAUGCGACCUGCUCACCGCGCCCGAGGACCACGUCGACCUGGACAACUUCUCCCUGGACAAGUACUUCUUCAUCGUGCGGUACAAGACGGCGUUCUACAGCUUCUACCUCCCUGUGGCGCUGGCGCUGCAUUACUGCGGCGUCGCCACCGAGAAAAAUCUGCAGCAGGCGAACGACAUCCUCAUCCCCAUGGGGGAGUACUUCCAGGUGCAGGACGACUACCUCGACGCGUUCGCCGAUCCGGAGGUGCUGGGGAAGAUCGGCACCGACAUCCAGGAUAACAAGUGCUCGUGGCUGGUCAACCAGGCGCUGAAGCGCGCGACCCCCGAGCAACGGCAGGUGCUGGAUCAGAACUACGGACGGAAAGACGCGGUCAAGGAGAAGGCGGUUAGGAAAAUAUACGCCGACCUGAAGCUCGAGGCGGUGUACCAUGCGUACGAAGAGGAGACGGUGUCGAUGCUCCGGAAGCGGAUCGCGGACGUGGACGAGAGCGAGGGGCUGAAGAAGGAGGUGUUCGAGGCCUUCCUGGGGAAGAUUUACAAGCGGACCAAGUAGGGUCCUCUGGUAUGAGGUACGCUAUAUUUAUCCUUGUUGCAUGGCUAUAGACCUUUGCAACAAAACACUAUCCGGUAGAUUACCCUAAGGGGACAAAAGGUUCUAGCACCUGAAAUACAUCCUUAGUCGUCAUCGCGACAUCCUCUCAUUGUGCUCUCCCACACUGUAGGUGCAUGUACAUAACAAGUGGUAUCCCUUCCAAAAUGUAGCAUCAAUCAU